GAGUGCGGGACUUUGGCGUAACAAUAGGAUUUGAUUUGGAGGUUUAGCCUUGUAGGGCCUUAGGCGGUCGACGACUUCUCCGUCUGAACUUUGGAUUUCCUUACUUUUUAGGGUUUAAUAAAAAGCAUAAAUUGUUGCCCUCUUCAAUUUGGCGGCUAGGGUUUUAUUUCCGUUUUCCAGUUGUUAUAGGUUUUCCAUUUGGACAUAAAUAUAUAUUUGUGCAAAGUUUUAAGCUUUGAUCACUUUCUUAUUGGUUCAAGUAGAGGGUAUUUUUUGUUCUCUUGAUCUUCCCAAAUUAAUCUUGUUUUAGGCCAAAACUCUCAUCUGGGUAUUCUUCAAUUACUCCAAAUCCUUUAUCAUUACUUCUUUCCUUUCUUGAAAUAUACCAACACAUCAUCAUGAGUUAUCCCGACUCUCGACCUCCUUAUAUGUCAACACAGCUUCCAUAUCAACCAGGCAAUGAUGCCAUUGGUGUCUGGCCUCAAUUCCCUACAAACAGCAACGAGCAAUUUGACUUGCAUUCACAGUUUGAACAGCACCAAUCCCCUUACAAAAGAACAAGAAUCUCUGAGGAUAGCAGCAGCCAAUCCGUGAAUUUUAGGAUGCCCCUGCCAAACAACCCCCCUGUCAAUAAAGGAACAACAAGCAUCUUCUUUAAGACCAGAAUGUGUGCAAAAUUUAGGACUGGUAAUUGUAGGAAUGGUGAGAAUUGCAACUUUGCUCAUGGUAUGCAAGAUUUGAGGCAGCCCCCACCCAAUUGGCAAGAACUUGUAGGUGUAGGUGUACGUGGUGAAGAGGAUAGAUCAGCAGGGAACUGGGAUGAUGAUCAAAGGAUAAUUCACAAGAUGAAGCUAUGCAAGAAGUUUUAUAAUGGAGAGGAGUGCCCUUAUGGGGAAAGUUGUAAUUUUCUUCACGAGGAUCCAUCAAAGUUUAGGGAUGAUGCAAGGAGGUCUAGGGAGAGUUCUGCAAUAAGUAUUGGGACUACUGGGCAGCCAGUGAUACACGGAAUUGGUAGGUUGAAUACAACUGAAGUCAAUAAGCCUAUCAAUAACGCUGGUUCAGAUGCUACUCGUGCGAAUAUGAAGCCUGUGUAUUGGAAGACAAAGUUGUGCACUAAGUGGGAGACUACAGGUCAAUGCCCCUUCGGCGAGAAAUGUCACUUUGCUCAUGGACAAGCUGAGUUGCAAGUUCCUGGUGGACGCGUCGAAGGGGAAGCAGGGAAUGCUGGCUCCAUUUUGACCAAACCACCACCUAUUAUUGGUAAUCAUGUAUCUCCAAUUAUGACUGCAAGUGUGCCUAAUUUUAUUGAAGAAGGGCAGAGUAAGAAAUGCUUGUUGAAGUGGAAAAGAGCCAAGAAAAUAAAUCUCAUCUACGGUGACUGGCUUGAUGAUCUCCCAAUAGUGCAUAAUUUGACAAACCAAGUGAAGAGUUGAGCUCAAAUUUGAAAUUGUUGCCUUGUAAUUAUUGACAUCUGCUUCUAAAUCUAAAAAAUUUUGGUCUCUAGGAUGUUUUUAAGUCGUUGUGAGGGCAGGGGGAUGAAGAAAUGUGUUAUCGGCCCUCUUUUUUCAAAGACACUGCUUUGAUUCAUAGGUCUUUAACCUAGGUUCUUCCCUACCCCCCACCCUUAUUUCCAUUGUUUCUAUUCUAUUCAUGGAGGAAAUUGGAGAUGUAUGUAUGCACUAGUUAUUGUUUCUUAAUGAGAACGAAAUUAAUAAAGUCUUCUAGCAGCAAAUGUUAAUGAAA